CUCAGUACACUGGAAUCUUCAAAUAUCGGCCAUGGGAGGGACUAAUUCAUGGCGUUUAGUCCCAUGGUGUGGGAAGGAGUCCGCUUGAACCUGGUCAGGUGGCCCGAAGCCAGGUCCGAGCUCCGCCAUUUACAUCCUCCGUGACCUCUCUGGGAUUCAUUUUCCUUGUCUGUAAAAUGAAGGGGAGGAUAGGACUAAGUGGCCUCUCAGAACUCUCCCAGCUCUAGAUUCUUAAUCCUAUGAGAUCUAUCAUUUAUAACCAGGUAGAAGGGACGGUUUGGGAAAAUGAGGCCCAGGAAAAUGAUAAGACGGGAACAAGGUCAAGCAGCUGAUACGGGAAGGACCCACGAGUCCAAGCCAGAUCUUUGGAUUCCCGCUCCGGCACCCAGGAAACGGGAGGAAAACCAGGCAUCCCGCCUCCGAGCCUUUGCUCACCUCCAUCCCCACCCCCAGCGGUCCGUUUCCCCAGCCAGCCAAUCUGGGGCUGUCGAGCGGAACGAGGUUGGGAAUGCCCAGCCCGAGGCGAUGCGGUGGAGAGACUGGGGCUGGGAGCCGGGGGCGGGGCCCGUGGACCGAAGGGCGGGACAAAGGAUUCGGGCGAGGCCGGGAGCCGGGACUCUCGGGGCCGCUGUCUCGGGGGGCGAUGGUGGAGAGGCCCUUGGAGCACUAUGAGCUCACCCCUCACUCUCCCUCAGCCCAAGUGACCCCGGAUAGCUGAGCCUGACUUGUGCCCCUGUCCCUGCAUGUGCCGCUCCUCCUCGGGAGGGCUGACCCGUCCUUGUCCCAGAAGCACACCCCAGAACCGUAACGAGCAAUUCUGGCACCUGAUACAGACAGGUACAACCAUCUUUAGGACGAAGGUGGCCAACUCCCAGGGAAGUCCAACCCAAACUCUCAAAAGUUCGCCAGGCUAUCCAUGUGCCUGCCCGCAGGAGAGUAGCGCCAGCAACAGGUCUGGUUACCCAAACAGCCCCCAGAAUAGCAGCGUGUUUCGGCGGUUCCUGUGGCGAAUAAGAGAGAGAUGGAAACUACUUGGCCUUUUUGAGAUCGACUCUGGACACGAGCAUUAUCAGCUGACGUGCAUGAUUAAGGAAGGGCUUCACCAUGCCAUCCAGCUCUCCAUCGACCACCCUUCCAGGAAACCCCUAAAGGAGGAAGAUUAUUCGUCUGUGGUGACCCAGACCCAUGAGGGCUUUGAAAUGGACACCAUCGCAGGUCCUGUCUUUGCCCACUUUCGACACUUCCUGGGCCUGGCAGAAAAGGAUUACCAGAACUCCUUGAGUUCCAAAAGCUGCUUCCUACAGUUCAUCAGUAACUCCAAGAGCAAAGCAAACUUCUUCCUGACAAAUGACAAGCGUUUCUUCCUGAAGACCCAAGAAAAGCGAGAGAUCCAAUUCCUGCUCUCCAAGCUGGCCCUCUACAUUCAUCACCUCCAUGAAUACCCCCAUUCCCUGCUUGUCAAGUUUCUGGGGAUCCACAGCAUCAAAAUAGCCCGGGGAAAGAAGAAAUACUUCAUCAUCAUGCAGAGUGUCUUCUACCCUGAUGAGAGAAUUUCUGAAAGGUAUGACAUUAAGGGGUGCCAACUGAGCCGCUGGACAGAACCUCUGCCUGCAGAGAGCCAAAUUAUCCUGGUGCUAAAGGAUCUCAACUUUGAGGGACGCAUCAUCUCUCUGGGGUCCCACCGGAACUGGUUUCUCAAGCAGAUAGAGCUGGACACAGCCUUCCUGCGUGACCUCAACGUUCUGGACUACAGCCUCCUGGUCGCCUUUCAGAAGCUCCACUCAGAUGAGAAGCAACAAAGCAAGAAUAUUUUGACUCGUAUAGCCAGGUCUGUGCAUGGGGCGUGGGGCGAGGCUUCCACAAUGCCUUACAUGGAUUCCGAAACGCUGACCAAGCACCUGAGGUACCACCCUCCCGUCUCCAUCAACAAGAAGGGCUCUUACAACCUGCGGGCCCACAACUGCCGCCUGCUGCCCGACGCCCACAACGCCUUGCACACCCUGGACGGUCCGGAACACCGCUACUUCAUAGGGAUCAUCGACUUCUUCACCGUCUACAACCUCCGCAAACGCAUCGAGUUCCUGUGGAAGUCCCUUCUGCACCCCACCCGGACCUUCUCCACCGUCAACCCGGCGCACUACGCCAGCCGCCUCUGCCGUUGGGUGGACGCGCACACCGUGUGACGGGGCCUGCGGUCCCUCCCUGGACUGCUCCCCUGCGCCGCCAGGGGGCGGCCUUGGCUCAAAAGACCCGCCUCCUCCCGGGGAGGCUGUGCGCUUGGAAUGAUACUUUCCCGGCUUUCCUGAUUCCCAUUUCGUUCUUCUCAAACACCCCAGGAAGCGAGAGCGUAGCGGGAAGAGCCCGGACUGAACGUUAGGAUACCAGCAGUUCUAGCCCCACCUCUGCCUCUAAUUUACUAUGCUUCCUUCA